UUGUUCAUACUUCACACUCUUGAGCUUCUUGCAAGCUACAGGAUUUGGACUUUGUCGCUCAAGAGAAGAUUCCCAGUAAAACCAAAAUAAAACAUGGCGAAUUUCGAGGAGGUUUCCGUUCAUGGUUACGAGGAGUUUUGUAAGGCUGUGUCUGAUCGGAAGGGAAAAGACAUAUUCGCUUACUUUUCUGGAGAUAAAGAUGAACAGGGCAAGAGCUGGUGCCCAGACUGUGUGAAAGCAGAGUCAGUAGUCCGAGGACAGAUGUGUCAUCUUCCAGAGGGAUCUGUCUUCAUUUACUGUCAAGUAGGAGACAGACCCUACUGGAAGGAUCCAAACAAUGACUUUAAGAAGACUCUAAAGCUGACGGGUGUACCCACACUACUGUGCUACGGCACGCCCCAGAAGCUGGUGGAGGAGGAGUGUUUUAAAGCAGAACUGGUUCGAAUGAUGUUUACAGAGGAUUAGCGUCCUCAGAUACUGAUGUACACAUGCGGACCGAGAAAUUUCCACACAUCCAACUUUUUCAACGAUCAAUGUGAUGUCAUUGCUGUUACUUCAAUUGUAUUCUGUGAUGUUAAUCUUGAAAGUUCAGCAAAAGUAAUUCAGACUAUGGAAUUGUGCAUUUAGUUUGUCCUGUGUUGAUUGUACAUGGUUUUAAACCGUUGUGGAUCUCAAAACAGUGUGAAUCAAAGGAAGCUUUAAACGAACUUUAAAGUGAUAUUCAAAAGAAAAUUGACACUAAGACUGAAGAGCUUGGGGAAGUAAAGUAUGAGCACAUAUGCAUAAUGAAAGUGUUUUACAGUUCUUACCCUGGAAGCAGUUAUGCACAAAAACAUUUAAAGACGAGAUAUCUGUUUACUAUUUCCAUUUUAAUUGUUUUUGUGUAAUCUGAACAAAAUAAAAUAUAUUUCAAAAUGA